AUGUUUUUCGAGUUUUUCUCGGGUGUUUCGCAAGAUACAAUUACAAGAGUGGUCGCAAAUACUUCAGGACUCUCACAGCUUCUUUUGGGACAACUAUAUCUUACAUUGAAUCACAUGUCUCUAACUGACAAUCAAACGGACGAAUCUGGUUUUUUCCUUCCCCACCAUUGUGUCCUGAAAGUCACCAGCUCUACCACAAAGCUACGUGUUGUCUUCGAUGGCAGUGCCAAAUCCUUUUCUGGUCUGUCCCUCAAUGACAUUUUGAUGGUAGGUCCAACAAUACAGGACGACUUAUUCUCAAUAGUUCUACGAUUCAGAAGACAUGAAUUCGUUCUUUGUGCUGACAUCACCAAGAUGUAUCGGCAGCACACAUGUAAGCACGAACAUCGUUUUCUGCAGAAAAUUCUUUGGCGUUUCAAUCCAAAUGAGAAAAUCUCAACCUUUACUCUCAACACUGCUACUUACAGAACUGCCUGUGCAGCUUUCCUGUCUAUUCGAUGCCUACAUGAAGUAGCGUAUCUUCAUCAAGUUGAAUUUCCGAAAAUUGCUUCAAUCAUACUGCAGGAUUUUUAUGUAGAUGAUCUAGUUACUGGAAGUUAUUCACUCGAAGAACUUCUUUACAUAAAACGAAUUUUAUCCAAUCUUCUUGAACAGCACGGUUUUACCUUGAGAAAAUGGGUAUCAAACUUUCAAGAAAUACAAUCACAAGAAGACUUUCUACUCACCAUCGGCAGUAGAGAACAAAAUAAAACCUUAGGCUUACUAUGGAACUCUUCCUCUGAUGUUUCAACCUAUACUAUCUCCAGUAAUAAUUUCACCGAAAAAAUCACAAAACGUCAAAUACUGUCAUCCAUUUGCCAAAUUUUCGACCCACUCGGGCUUCUCUCACCUGCUACGAUUGUUGCCAAGAUCAUCUUGCAACAACUGUGGAAAUUGAACAUCUCUUGGGAUGAAAGCAUUCCCACGGAUCUACGUUCGAAAUGGCUAGCUUAUCGUUCACAUGAGAUUAAAUUCCCUCGACAUAUUCAAUGCAGCGAUUCUACUUCGAUAGAACUACACGGUUUCUGUGACGCCUCAGAAGCUGCAUAUGGGGCAUGUGUAUUCAUUCGUUCUAUUGAUGCUUUCGGCAAUUAUACUUGCAACAUUCUUUGUGCAAAAACGAGAGUUGCACCUUUGAAACAAAUCACAAUACCCAAACUGGAACUUUUUGGAGCCACACUGUUGUCUGAUCUCAUGAACAAGGUGAAGGACUCAAUCAAAAUAUCAUUCAAUAAAACAUACUAUUGGAGCGACUCCACAAUCGUAUUAGCUUGGAUAAGAUCUUCUCCGAGUUUAUUGAAAACCUUUGUUGCCAACAGAGUAGCUCAAAUUCAGAAUUUAACAGAUCCCGAUUGUUGGAAUUACAUAAACACCUCAGAAAAUCCCGCAGACUUACUGUCACGAGGAGUACCCCCUACAAAACUCAUUAAUUCCAGUCUUUGGUUCCAUGGUCCCAAGUGGCUUGUCCACUCGGACAGCGAUUGGCCAAUGAAUGAACUUUUAACCCCUACACCAAAUGAUCUUUCCGAAAUGAAACAUAUCAAAACUUUUCUCAGUAUCGAUCACAACUUCCUUGAAAAUAUCGGCAGAUUUUCAUCCUUCUUGAAAUUACAAAGGACAUUCGCCUGGAUAGUUUGUUUUAAAAAUAACCUCAAGACUGAACCCAAUUCCAGAAAACUUGGUGUUUUAAUGCCUUCAGAACUCCAAGAAUCCUCGAAUCUAUUGAUACGCAUUGUCCAAAGGCACGCUUUUCCUCAAGAUCAUAAUGCUCUUUCCAAGGGACACAACGUCAAUUACAAAGGUAAUCUCGCAAGUCUGAACUCAUUCUUGGACAGUGAACAAAUCAUCAGAGUUGGUGGUAGAAUACAAAAUUCGAACUUCCACUUCCGCAAAAAACACCCAGCCGUGCUACCAGCUAACAAUCAUUUCACGACUCUUUUAGCUCGACAUGAACAUAUUCGCCUAUUGCAUGCCGGUCCACAGCUAUUAUUAGCAUCUCUAAGAGAAAGAUACUGGCCAAUCUCUGGUCGAAAUCUCGUAAGGAAGGUCGUACACGAAUGUACACGAUGUUUUCGCUUCCAAGCGAAACCCGAACAAUAUCUUAUGGGCAAUCUUCCCAAAGAACGAGUUUCGCCAUCGCGUCCAUUCUCGACAUCUGGCAUUGACUAUGCAGGUCCAUUUUCAAUCAGAGACAGAAAAACAAAGUAUAAAACUACGAAGGCUUAUAUAGCUCUUUUUGUAUGUCUCAGUGUUAAGGCAAUUCAUCUAGAGGUUGUGAGUGAUCUAACCUCCGAAUGUUUUUUAGCUGCCUUGAGGAUAUUUUUUGCGAGACGUGGACAAGCGGCUACCUUAUUUUCAGAUAAUGGCACUACAUUUGUAGGGGCGAAUAAUGAAAUAAAAAACUUCUUCAAACAUAAUAGUGAAAUCAUUGCAAACAAUUUUACCUCUGAUGGAAUCUGCUGGAACUUCAUUCCGGCAAAGGCACCCCACUUUGGUGGUAUAUGGGAGGCUAGUGUGAAAUCACUGAAGCAUCAUCUAUACAGGGUGAUGGGAGAUUUAAAAUUAACCUACGAAGAAUUUUCUACGGUAUUAUGUCAAAUAGAAUCUUGCUUGAAUUCCCGCCCGCUUUAUCCUCUUUCUAAUGACCCAAAUGAUACAUUACCUCUCUCCCCUGCGCAUUUCUUAAUUGGUGGAUCUUUAAACACCAUACCUGACCACAAUCUGCUAGAUACGAAAAUGAAUCGUCUCUCACGAUUCCAAAGAUGCCAGCAAAUUCUGCAACACUUCUGGACCAAAUGGAAAAACGAAUACAUAUCCAGCUUGCAAAAGCGUACGAAAUGGAAAGAACGCUGCAAUGAUUUGCUGAAGAUUGGUGUUCUCGUACUGUGCAAGGAAGAUGGGCUUCCCCCUCUAAAAUGGAGAAUUGGGAGAGUCAUCGAGAUCCAUCCGGGAAAGGACAACAUCGUGCGAGCCGUCACCAUCAAAACCGCCACUGGUAUCUUCAAACGACCAGCGGUGAAACUGUGUGUCGUACUAAAUCAAGAAUAG